CAUGGCUAAUGUAAUUGCAAUGGGGCGUUAGCAUCGUGCUAACAUUAGCGCGGCAAGAGCUGCCUGUGACGACAUGGCGGACAUUUACAGUCAGGGGAAGGAGCCUUGCCAGUGACCGAGAAGGUGAGCGUUCUCCCCGGAGCUGACACAGGUGCUCCCCUGCUCGUCGUCCCCCCCCUUCCCGGUGCUCUCCGCCCCUCUCCCCGAUGUGGCGCACCGGAGGAGAGCAGCUCCCCGAGACCCAUCAACAUGGCGCCGCUACUGGCUCACACGUAACGUCGCCCAUGUAGGAGAGAACCGGACAAAGCGACGGGACAUGUGAGCUCUUCCACCCCGGCCACGAGCAGGUUCGUCAGGGUUUUCCAGCAUGUUUGGGAAGAAGAAGAAACGGCUGGAGAUCUCGGCCCCGUCCAACUUCGAGCACCGGGUCCACACGGGCUUCGAUCCGCGGGAGCAGAAGUUCACCGGGCUGCCGCAGCAAUGGCAGAGCCUCCUGGCCGACACCGCCAACCGGCCUAAGCCCAUGGUGGACCCCUCCUACAUCACCCCCAUCCAGCUUGCACCCAUGAAGAUAUCUCCCAAGAAGGUCCGGCCGUCCGAAACGCCCAAAACCAUCGUGCGGGGGAACCGGCCCCCCAAAGACGCGUCCAUCAACGGCCUGCUAGAGGAGUUCGACAACAUCUCGGUGACGCGCUCCAACUCGCUGCGCAAGGAGAGCCCGCCGGGCGCGCACCAGGCGGGUGCCGGCGCCAGGCCCUCGGCGGGCGCCCGCCACGGCGGCCCCGAGGAGAACGGCUUCGGCCACUACUACUCGCGCUACUCUUGCGACUUGGACGCCUCCGGCAGCCGGGACUACGCUCUGGACAAGCCGGGCUUUUCCGUGGACGGGGACUGGGGCGUGGGGCGGCACUACCGCUUCACCAAGCAUAACGGCCACUCGCACCAUAUCCGCAGCCCCUUCUACCCGGACGCCAUGCCCCAAAAGUUGGACUACGGCAAGCUCCCGCCGGACUACCACACCUACCUGGAGAGCAAGGGGCGCUCCACGGACGAGGUGGCCUCCACGGUGGGGAGCGGGGUGGGCUCCAGCGGCUACUACCGGGCGUCGGUGGGCGGUUCGUCCAGUCAGGACUACCGGGACACGUCGGUGGGAACCCCGUCCCGUGCCUCCCUCCGCAGCGAGCAGAUUAACUACCCGGACAGCGAGUGGAGCUACGGCGGCGUGCGGGACGACUACGACAAGAGGCCCAAGAGCUCGUACGUGAUGCAGACCAGCCCCACGCCGGCCAUCAGGCAGAGGUCCCGCUCGGGCUCCGGGCUCCAGGAGCCCAACGUCCCCUAUGCGGCCGGCGGGCCCUUCAAGAACCCUGCCCAGGCCCACCCGUACAGCUCCUACACGUACCCGCGCCUGUCGGAGAGCCUCGCUGCCUCGCAGACCAUCAGCAAGGGCGACUACGAGCGUCCGUCACGGGAGGGCAGCCCCCACGCGGCGACCGGGGACUCGUACCCGCGCGGCCCCCUCAAGCUACCUCAGAACCACGCCAAGCCCCCCGGCUACCCGCCCGUGCACCUGCCCUACCCGCCCGUCUUUCACCAUUACAAGCCGUCGCCCUACCACCACCCGCCGUCCCAGCCCAGCCCGCCGUACACCCCGCAGGGGGCGUACUCCCAGCCGUCGUCACCCUACAUCCCCCCGGGGGCGUACCCUCCGCCCUCGUGGGGCUCCAGCUCCGACACUCAGCCCUCCAGGGUGUCUCACGAGCAGUUCCGAGCCGCUCUGCAACUCGUAGUCAAUCCAGGCGACCCCCGCGAGUACCUGGACAGCUUCAUCAAGAUCGGCGAGGGCUCCACGGGCAUCGUGUGCAUCGCCAGCGAGAAGCACAGCGGAAAGCAGGUGGCCGUCAAGAAGAUGGACCUGAGGAAGCAGCAGAGGAGGGAGCUGCUCUUCAACGAGGUGGUGAUCAUGAGGGACUACCACCAUGAGAACGUGGUGGACAUGUACAAUAGCUACCUGGUGGGAGACGAGCUGUGGGUGGUCAUGGAGUUCCUGGAGGGAGGGGCGCUCACCGACAUCGUCACGCACACCAGGAUGAACGAGGAGCAGAUCGCGACGGUGUGCUUGUCGGUGCUGCGUGCGCUGUGCUACCUUCACACGCAGGGCGUCAUCCACCGAGACAUCAAAAGCGACUCCAUCCUGCUCACCAGCGACGGACGGAUCAAGCUGUCCGACUUUGGCUUCUGUGCCCAAGUGUCCAAAGAGGUGCCCAAGAGGAAGUCGCUGGUGGGGACGCCAUAUUGGAUGGCGCCGGAAGUCAUCUCCAGACUGCCUUAUGGGACAGAGGUGGACGUGUGGUCGUUGGGCAUCAUGGUGAUCGAAAUGGUGGACGGCGAGCCCCCGUACUUCAACGAGCCCCCCUUGCAGGCCAUGAGGAGGAUACGCGACAACUUGCCCCCGCGGCUAAAAGAGUCGCACAAGGUGUUGUCGGUGCUGCGCUCCUUCCUGGACCUGAUGCUGGUGCGCGAGCCUUCCCAGCGAGCCACCGCGCAGGAGCUCCUCCAGCAUCCCUUCCUCAAACUGGCCGGACCGCCGUCCUGCAUCGUGCCCCUCAUGAGACACUACCGCCACCGCUGAACACGCGCACACACACACACACGCACACACUUUUGUGGUUCCCGCCCCCUGUCAACACUCACACUCGUAACCGUGACUUAGAUUAGCUAACCGAUACAAAGGAAAGACACACAAGUACCAAGAAAAUAAGGAACUCAAAGUGGACUGCGGUCAUUUUCGUCACCUUCGAGGACCUGAGCGGACCCCCGAGAUUGUGGGCGGGGCCUCAGUCCAUCUCUGCCGUGCGCUACGUCUGCACUUGUAUUUUAAUGAAGAGCAACUUGUAAGAUUGAGUGUACAGUUUUGAUAACUUUGAGUAUUUGAUGGUGUGGUAGCCAUUGUGAUAUGAGCAGUAUUCAAUAGACUUUCCUACUCUUUAUAAUACACUUUUUUUCAUUAAUAAAUAGACAUAAAAACACACACACACGCACACAUUAAAUAUCCCAAAUAAACCCACUUGAACCCAGCUGUUACUAAAAAACAAAACAAAAAAAAACCAAACAAACAAAAAAAACCUAAAUAUAUUUAUUAUUACGAUCUAUCUUUGUAGACAGAACUUCCAUUAAACGGGCAAAAAAGGGUAAUGUCGGACAUUUUUCUAUGAACUUUUUAAAGUAUUUAUUUAUUUAUUGCAAUUCAUUUUUGUCGAGUGUGGCCUUUUUUCUCAUUCAUUUUCUUAAUUUUUAAAAAUGAUUUCAUGAAAAAGAAAAGCGGCGGUUGACAGGGAUCUACUGAAAUACACUCAAAUGCAAUGAAAUGGCAACUUGACUUCGUUUUUGUGUCAAUAAAAAUAUACAAUGAAAUUAUUGAAUAUAAUAUUAUCUUCAUUCAUAUAAGGACUAUUUAUGAAUAUAAUUACAAAAACACCACAUAUUAGACCUUAGCCCAUGAAAUGUUUCCAUGUAAUUUUUUUUUUUGUCAGUUGAAUUAAAAAAAAAUUACCAAAAGAUAUUUAACUUUUUCAAGAGAUCAUCAAUCAUUAAAAUAUGAAUACAUAAUUAAAUAGAUGUAAUUAUUGAAACAACACAUUUGAAAUGACCAACUAUGAUAAUCAUAUAGAAUUUACUGUGUAUGAUAUUGAUAUAUAUUUGCAUUAGCAUUUCGUCGCUGUUGGGCAGAAUCCUCGCAUCUCCAAAAUGACAAAAAGCCUUAAUUACUUCACCGAAGCUAAUGACUACGGUGAUGUCAUCACACAAACGUAGCUCUGUGGCUGACCAGUUUUCCUUCUGCACCGAAACACGACAGUGAUCCAUUUUUAACAAAACAAGCCUACUCAAAUGUAUCAAACCUAACUAUUUUGAUUUGAUAUUGUCUAAAACAAACAAAUCAAAAAAUAUCUCGACUUUAAAUCAGACAACACUCCCGCGGAGUGAGGAAGAGGUGGAGUUUUACAGCACUUCUCAGACAGUUGACGCGGAGUUAAUAGAUUUGAUCUCAAGCUAUUUUCAAAACGUAAGAUUGGUUACAAUGCGUAGAAAUAACAGACAACAUUGGGAAAAUUGCAUCAUUAGUAUCGAUUUGUGAGAAAAUAUGAAAUGGCCCAUAUUUGGUUUCUGCAUGACAGCCACAAUUAUUUUUUUAAUGUACAUUAUUACAUGUAUAAUCUAUAGCAAAUAAUAUACAGUUCAAAAAUAAAUUUAGGAAAAUGAAUACAAAAUAUACAAUUUAAUAAUGUUUAUUAAAUAACACUUUUAAAAGUCCAUAUAACGUAUUGCUGUAUUUAUAUUUUUGUUUAAAAAUUAUAGAAAUAAAAUCAAUUCAUACUUGUAAAACCAAUUAAGUGCACAAUAUUAUUUACACACUGUUGUGUAAUUUAUAAAUUAAAUUACAUCAAAAAAUAAAUACCUAAAAAUAAAAACAAAUAAUAAAAUAUGAAUAUAAUUAUUAUUAUUUUAAGUUAUAGUAACAUAGUUGGUUUUGUAUGAUACAAUGAAACCAAUAAUGUUAACAUAAAUGAAGUCGUCAUUUUAUGAUUUGAGUGUAUAUUUUGUUAUUGCAGGGAGCCAAUGAAGCUGAUGUGUGUCUGACACACUUAUUGUAGCACACAACAUUGAGGGAAAAAAUUCAAAUAAUAAUUAAAAAAAAAGACUACUUUUUUACACAAGACGGAGGCUAUAAAAUGAAACAAAAAAAAGAAUAUGAUUCCUCGUCAUUGCCAUGAAAUCACCUGGAAUACGACAGUGUAAACCUGCUGGCAUCCAUUUUGACCCAUCAGUCACUGUGAUAUGUAAAUACGACUGCGUGCGUGCGUGCGUGCGUGCGUGCGUGCGUGUGUGUUGUACAGUGACGCUGCAUGUCUGUGAAGAUGCUUUCAAUUAAAACAAACUUCCAUAAGAACAUUGUCUUAUUGCAUGGAUCACUCUUUCUUUUCUCUUUUUUUUUGAUGGGCCUCUCCUCUCCGCCAUCUUCACUUCUUUUUGUCGUCUCAUCAACACCCAAAAAAGUCCAAACAAGCCCAGAGCCAAGAAACCAACUGAGAGAGAGAGAGAGGAGCUGUAGUAAUUUAUGGUCUUAUUUGUCUUUGUGUGCUGCGAGUGCUUUGCGGCGUAAUGGGAUAUUGAUUGAGGCGGGACAGCAGAGAGGAACUUUUCUUCUUUUUCUUCUCCUGUCGGCCUCCGACGACACCUCACUAAAUAAAACACAAGCUCUGGCACGCUGGAAAUCAAUUCACUUUUUUUUUUUUUUUUUGCUUCACGAUCACAUUUGUCACGAAAGGUUGGGUGCUGUUUGUAUCCCCCAAAAAUGAUCGUUUGCUAAAAAAUUCACAAAGAUGUGACGAUAAACUGUAGUACAAUAAAGAGAUUAUUUUCAAAAAAUACAAGCCGCGCUUAAAAGAAGGUAUAAAUGUAUUUUGCAUCAAAUAUGGAUCAUUUUCAAACAUUUCAGCGUUGUGAGGGACACCAAAAGUCAACCAUAUGGGAGCGUGUUCAACGUGCCUUGAGAUACAGGUUUAAUUCAAUCUGUGACCAUGCUUAGAACUCAAAACACGUCUCUCAAAUCAUCUUUUCCCCUUGAAAUGAAUGGAAAUGCCAUUAAUCUGUUCCAGCCCCUCGCCCCAAAAAAAGACAAAAACGUUUUCCAAUAUAAUUAAACCAUUUGUGACCGUAGUUCAGCUCUCUCUGAUGUUGUUUAAAGGGUUAUAGCACGACAAAAUAUAGUUUCAUUAGCGUUAGCAUCAAGCUAGCAGUCAAGUUGUAAUUCUUUGUUUUCUGAGUUGAAGCCUUUAUUUGAGGAAUUCUUCACUAUCUGACAAACUGCUGCUUAGUUGUUGAGUUUACCGCCACCAUACAGCGCUCGUAUCUCGAGCAAAAAAAAAAAAAAAAAAUCGAAUGCAGUCUAGUGUCUCACUUGUAUCUCAAGGCACAACUUUAUGUUGCAUUGUCCAUUCUAUUGGUAUAUAUAUAAUAUUCUUUUGUCCAGUUUUGUAGCUAUAUUUUGGCGGGGAAUGUCAGCGCUUGUCGACACCUGUGAGCAGUGAUGUGGUACUCUACAAUCAUCACCUUUUUCCCCCCCCCCACUAACGAGUGAUCUAACGCAUUACAAUUUCAAAUCCAAAACUAGGUUCGUAGCGCCAUUUCGUGUGUACUAUUUUUAGGUGCCUGUUUUGUGUUACGUUAGCACGGUAUGCUAAGUUCAUUGGUGCGUCAGCUACAAUUUAUGUCCGCAAGUAGAGCUCAUAUUGUGUCCGCCUUUGAGUUGCGUCUGAUAAGAUGUCUGUAACCUGGUUAAUGUGCCUUACGCAGCUGCUAAAUGUAACCAAUAAAAGUAACUUUUAACUUAUUAACUAACAUUACUUUUGAAUUCAAGUCUUGACUAAAACUGAAUUGUACAAAAACAAAAGCAACAUUUCCCAUAGGAAAUAAUUGAAAUCCAAUUAAUCCAGACACCCCAAAAAUAUAUAUAUUUUAUAGUUUUACGUGCAGCAAACAUUGUAAAAUAAAUAUGAAUGAUUAUGAUGCAGAUGAAUAAAUUGUGAAAUUAUUCCGAUGAUGCCCGAGUGUUUUAAAGACACAGGUUGACUUUGAGUGAAUCAUUAAUGCUGGCAGUGCACCGAAGACACAAAAUGGAAUAUGACCGAACACAAUAUGAACAUAAGUCGUCCAAAUGACUGGAACCGGAUGUGUUCUAUGCCAAGACAUUUUCAAUUGAGAUGACAAAAUCAAUAGUUCAUCUGUGCACUGACACCGCACAUCGUCAAUCUCUUGCAGGACAACAAUGAGGGCGUGAAAA